AUGUCGAAACUCAUCACCGUCUUUGGCGCUACAGGUAACCAAGGGGGCUCAGUCAUCCGUGCCAUUCUUGCGGACCCCAGCCUGUCGAAGGAGUUCAAAAUACGUGGCGUCACGCGUGAUCCCAGUAAGCCAGCGGCGAAAGAGCUGGCGGCACAGGGCGUUGAAUUAAUGAGCGCUGAUAUGUCUGCCGUCGAGGCAGUUGCCCCGGCUCUGAAGGACGCUCACACCGUCUUCCUGGUGACGAAUUACUGGGAAUCUGUCUCCCAUGAUGUUGAAUAUCAGCAGGGGAAAAAUGUUACGGACGCAGCCAAGGCAGCCGGUGUCUCCCAUCUGAUCUUUUCUUCCUUGAUAAAUGUUACCGAGGCCUCUAAGGGUGCUCUCCCGAAUGUUCCGCAUUUUGAUGGGAAAGCUGAAAUUGCGAAGUACAUCCGGGCCAGCGGUGUUCCCGCCACUUUCGUAAUGCCUGGUUAUUUCAUGAGUAACCUAAUCCAGUCCCUACAGAAGCAAGAGGAUGGCAGCUACCAAAUGUAUCUUCCAAUCAGCAAUGCUGCUCGAUUCCCCCUUUUUGAUGUGGUGAACGAUACCGGCAAAUUUGUGGUUGCAGCUAUCAAGAAACGGUCCUCUGUUCUCGGAAAGGACAUCUACGAAGCUGCGGACUACUAUUCACCAUCGCGCAUCGUGAGUGAGUUCACCGAGGUUACUGGGAAGAAAGCCUCUUGGUUCCAGAUCCCUGGCGACAAGUACAAGUCAUUCCUGCCACCUCCUGUGGCGCAGGAGCUUCUUGAAAACCACCUUCUGUUGGAAGGUACCGGGUAUUAUGCUGGCGCAGACCUGAAGGACAGUCUCAAUCUAUUAGAGCAGAAGCCCACCAUGUGGAAGGAAUUUGUCGCCCAGAAUGUGGCCAAAUUUCUCGACUGA